GGCGGCGGAGGCCGGUCGGCGCUGCAGCAUCCGCACGCUCCGCAGCCUCCUCUUCCUCCUCUUCCUCCCGCCCGCCGUCUAUGGUGCAGCCGGGACCCCGCACCAUGUCGCGCUCGGAGGAAGUGCACCGGCUCACCGAAAAUGUCUACAAGACGAUCAUGGAGCAGUUCAAUCCCAGCCUCCGGAACUUCAUCUCCAUGGGGAAGAAUUACGAGAAGGCGCUGGCAGGCGUCACGUUCGCCGCCAAGGGCUACUUCGACGCCUUGGUCAAGAUGGGGGAGCUGGCCAGCGAGAGCCAGGGCUCGAAGGAACUCGGAGACGUCCUCUUCCAAAUGGCCGAAGUCCACCGGCAGAUCCAGAACCAGCUGGAAGACAUGCUGAAGUCCUUUCACAACGAGCUCCUGACCCAGCUGGAGCAGAAAGUGGAGUUGGACGCCCGCUACCUCAGCGCGGCGCUCAAGAAGUACCAGACGGAGCAGAGGAGCAAAGCGGAGGUGCUGGACAAGUGCCAGAUGGAGCUGAAGAAACUCCGCAAAAAGAGCCAGGGGAGCAAGAACCCCCAGAAGUACUCGGACAAGGAGCUCCAGUACAUCGACACGAUCAGCAAUAAGCAGGGCGAGCUGGAGAGCUUCGUGUCCGACGGCUACAAGACGGCCCUCACGGAGGAGCGGCGGAGAUUCUGCUUCCUGGUGGAGAAACAGUGCGCCGUGGCCAAGAACUCCGUCUCCUACCACGGCAAGGGGAAGGACCUGCUGACCCAGAAGCUGCCCCUGUGGCAACAGGCCUGCGCGGAGCCCAACAAGAUCCCCGACCGAGCCGGUCAGCUGAUGCAGCAGAUGGCGGCCGCCAGCAGCAACGGGGCCGUCCUGCCCGGCUCCCUGUCCGCCUCCAAGUCCAACCUGCUCAUCUCGGACCCCAUCCCCGGGGCCAAGCCGCUGCCGGUGCCCCCCGAGCUGGCCCCCUUCGUCGGCCGCAUGUCCGCCCAGGAGCACCCGCCCGCCAUGAACGGCACCGCCGGCCCCGACGCCAACGACUACAACCACUGGUCCGACCGCCAGCCCGCCCAGCCCAAGUCGCUGUCCCCGCCCCAGACGCAGGGCAAGCUGAGCGACUCGUACUCCAACACCCUGCCCGUCCGCAAGAGCGUCACCCCCAAAAACAGCUACGCCGCCACUGAGAACAAGACCCUGCCGCGGUCCAGCUCUAUGGCCGCCGGCCUGGAGCGCAACGGGCGGACGCGGGUGCAGGCCAUCUUCUCUCACGCCGCGGGGGACAACGGCACCCUGCUCAGCUUCAAGGAGGGCGACCUCAUCACCCUGCUGGUGCCCGAGGCCCGCGACGGCUGGCACUACGGCGAGAGCGAGAAGACCAAGAUGAGGGGCUGGUUUCCCUUCUCCUACACGCGAGUCCUGGACAGCGACGUCAGCGACAGGCUACACAUGAGCCUGCAGCAGGGGAAGAGCAGCAGCACGGGGAACCUGCUGGACAAGGAGGAGGCGGCCCUCCCGCCCCCGGACUACGGCGCUUCCUCCCGGCCCUUCCCAUCCCAGCCCGCCAGCGCCUUCAAGCAGAGACCCUACAGCGUGGCUGGGCCCGGCUUCUCCCAGGGCCUGGACGACUACGGGUCGCGGUCCGUAAGCAGCGGCACCCUGGUGUCCACGGUGUGAAGACCCCAGAGCCGCCGGCCGCCGCCGCCGCGAGGACCUCUCCGCCGCUCCUCCCUCCCCCUCGGCUUCUCUGGCCGCCUCCGACUGCGGGCCUCCUCUUCUUCCUCCUCCUCCUCUUCCUCCUCCUCCUCUUCCUCCUCCUCUCUUCCUCCUGACGGCUCCGCCCGGCCCCCCGGCCCGGCAGCCCCCGGCCGGGCUCUCUCUCUCGGACUGUCGGCGCGGGUGACCUUCCGGGCCUCCGGGCGCGCCCCCGCCGCCUCGCCGCC